AGAUUUUCCGAGUUUACAUGAAUGCAUCACGGAGCGGCCGGGCGGGCACGCGCCGGGAUGCGUCGCGAGCGAGCGCGGGAAGGAAAAAAGGAGAAUAGAGAGAGCGACCUCCACUAAACAGGUGGUCCGAAGGAAAGAAAGAAAGGCAGAAAGACAGACAGCAAGUAAGCAUGUCGUGCAGCCGCGGAGGACGCGAAAAGACGCUUUAACGGAAGCACCACCGAACGAACCGAGGAAAUAUCCACCUCCACCCCCACCGUGGUCGCCCUCCACCUCAUGCCGCUUGUGGACUUCUUGGGAUUCCUCUCGCCGGGCUUGGGAGCAUCGAGCGAGCGCGGACUGAGACCAUGAAAGUGACUGUGUGCUUCGGACGGACGCGCGUUGUUGUGCCGUGUGGGGAUGGCAACAUUCACGUGUACGCGCUCGUCCAACAGGCCGUUAUGAGGUAUAAAAAGGCCAUCGCCAAGGAUGCCAGCUACUGGCUUCAGGUGCAUCGUCUCGAACAUGGCGAUGGCGGCAUUUUGGACCUGGAUGACGUGCUCUGCGACGUAGCGGACGACAAAGACCGGUUGAUCGCCAUUUAUGACGAGCAGGAGCCCCACCAUGGCGGCGACGGCACGAGCACCAGUUCCACAGGCACCCAAAGCCCAGACCUAUUUGCCACCGUCGACCUCGUCACAGGCGGUGGCAGCGCCUCAGCUUUCCAACCCUACCAGGCGGCCAGCGAGAUCGAAGUCACGCCGUCGGCCCUGCGCACUAAUAUGCCCCUGCACGUCCGCCGUAGCAGCGACCCCGCCUUGAUGUGUCUCAACGGGCCAUUCAGUAGCGGUGGUGGCAAUUCGCGGGUCCAAGCGGAAGAACCGCCGUCACGGAAGAACCCGACCCGAUGGUCCACCACUGCCGGGUUCCUAAAAGCCCGCCAUGCCUCGGGCACCAAUAGCCUGGAGCGGAAGAGUAAAGGCUUGGACACUUAUCGAAGCCUGCCAAGAGAUGGGACGUGGGCCAAUCAGAGAGACUUUCAGAGGGAGACGGCGCGCUCGUCCCUCAGCGCCAAUCAUCCCAUGGUGGACCGAUGGCUAGAGAGGCAGGAACAGGAGGACGAGGCAAGAGAGCAAGAAAAUGGCCGGAUUGAGCCAGCGGGCAGAGCCGACUCGUGCUUGGGCCACACUACCGCCACCGCCAGAUCUCUUGAAGACCUAAUCAAAGUGGUGGAGGUGACAAACGAUGGUGGCCCGCUGGGAAUCCAUGUGGUGCCCUUCAGUGGCAGGGACCGAAGGACUCUUGGCUUGUUGGUCAAGCGUCUGGAGCGCGGUGGCAAAGCCCAGCAACAGGCCCUCUUCCAGGAGAACGACUGCAUUGUUAGAAUCAAUAACGGGGACCUGCGCAACAUCCGCUUUGAACAGGCCCAGAGCAUGUUCCGCCAGGCCAUGCGUUCUCCUGUCAUCAUGUUCCAUGUGGUGCCGUCUUCGGUGAAAGCCCACUACGAGCAUCUGUCCCAGGUCGAGAGAAACCCGGCGUACUCGUCAGGCCGCUUCACCGCUGACUCGGCAUCCAGUGCCACGGAUCUCACGCCUCACAGGAUGUCCCGACACGGCUCUCAGAAACAAGCGCGCGCUCAUCCGCAUCCAGAGCAGACAGACGGCUACACGCCCGCCGCCGCUCACCCGCCAGCCAUUUCUGCCGCCAAACCUCCCACCGGACAGAUUCACUCACCGCAGAGGGGGCUGACAUCCACCCCCACGCCGACAUACAACAAGAAGGUCGGAAGAAGGCUCAACAUUCAGCUUCAGAAAGGACCUGAAGGUUUGGGCUUCAGCAUCACGUCGCGCGACGUCCCCAUCGGGGGCUCGGCGCCCAUUUAUGUCAAGAACAUCCUUCCGCGGGGAGCUGCCAUUCAAGAUGGACGCCUCAAGGCAGGUGACCGAUUACUCGAGGUGAAUGGGAUCGAUCUGAAUGGACGCAGACAGGAGGAAGUGGUUUCCAUCCUCAGGGCCACGCCAAUGGGGGGCACUGUGGGGCUGCUGGUCCUCCGCCAGGAAGACACCUUCCUCCCCCAAGAAUCGCAGGGCGGCGAGCCCCAGAUGCAGAUGCAAAGCCCCAGAGAUUUGAAGCCGGAGGAGGACGAGCUCGUGCUGACGCCUGACGGCACACGUGAGUUUCUGACGUUCGAAAUCCCGCUCAGCGACUCGGGCUCGGCGGGCCUGGGCGUCAGCGUCAAGGGGAACCGGUCGAAGGAGAACCACGCCGACCUCGGCAUCUUCGUCAAGUCCAUCAUCAAUGGAGGGGCCGCGUGCAAGGACGGUCGUCUCCAUGUGAACGACCAGCUGAUUGCUGUCAACAGCGAGUCACUGCUGGGCAAGACCAACCAGGACGCCAUGGAGACGCUGCGCAAGUCCAUGUCCACCGAGGGAAACAAGCGUGGCAUGAUCCAGCUCAUCGUGGCCAGGCGCGUCGGCAAGAGGAGCCAGGAGCCACCGGGGGGUCCGCUGGGGCCUCAGCAGAGCACCAACUCUUUAUCGCUGGACGAGCACGAACGUCGAAUCUCCCACUCGUUGUACGGCGCUCUGGAGGAUCUGGAUGAUAACCUGAUGCCCCGACAAGGCCUGAUGCCACGCACUGUUGGCAACUACCAGCUAUCUCCCACCGUCAACAUGCCACAGGACGACACGGUCAUCAUCGAGGACGACGGGCCGCCUCUCCUCCCUCCUCACUUGUCCGACCAGUCGUCGUCCAGCUCCCGCGACGACGUCGGCGGGAGCGGCGGCGACGUUACGCCGUCCUGGGCGCAAGAGAUCCCCACUCCUAAGGACAGCUCACAGAUUGCGGGCGAGAGCCUUGCCAACGCAGACGCCGCCUUCCAGCGAGAAGGUUUCGGCCGCCAGAGCAUGUCGGAGAAGCGCACCAAGCAGUUUGGCGACGCCUCGCAUCUGGAGAUCAUCAAGACGCGCAAGUCCAAGAGCAUGGACCUCGUAGCCGACGAGAUUAACCUCAACCCUCGUCCUGACGCCGGCACAGGCUCGUCCACGAGGGAUGUGGGUCCGUCGUUGGGCCUGAAGAAGUCCAGCUCCCUGGAGAGUCUCCAGACAGCCGUUGCCGAGGCGACGCUCAACGGCGACAUGCCAUUCCACCGACCUCGUCCUCGCAUCAUCCGGGGCCGCGGCUGCAACGAGAGCUUCCGCGCCGCCAUCGACAAGUCAUAUGACCGGCCGGCCGCCACGGAGGACGAAGACGAUGGCAUGGAGACCCGUGUUGGGCAGGUUGACGUUCCCCGGCGAGGACCUCGGUUACCACUGGAGGAAGACACCGAGGAGAGUUCCCGUUCAGGUCGAGAUUCCGUAUCCACGGUGGCCGAGUUGACGCCGCUGUCACCGGGUGGCGAAAGGACGACAGCAACAACGGUCAACGGCAAUGUGAGAGCCAAAGAUGACAAGAAAAACGACAAAGGUUGCAAGGACAAGAAGAAGGGGGACACGCAUAAGGAAAAAGACAAGGACAAAGGAAAAGCCAAGAAGGGAAUGCUCAAAGGACUUGGAGACAUGUUCAGGUUUGGGAAGCACCGCAAAGACGACAGGAUGGAUCGCAAAGGUUCCAACAAAUGGCGGACGGAAGAGACGCAAGUUUCGGAUGAGGAGACGCUGAAGAUGAGGAUGGAACAAGAAAGGAUCCAGGCCAAGACACGAGAGCUGCGGGAGCGUCAGGCACGGGAGCGGGACUACGCCGAGAUCCUGGAUGCGAGUCGAUCUCCGGAGAGGUCCUCUGAAGACGAGCACCUGUACGCCGGCGUCAGCCCACUCAACAACGGAGGGCACGGCAGCCCCCGCGGCGACCGCCAUGCCCCCCGCGAUGACCACGAGCACUACCCCAGCUUAAAUGCUCACCAGCACUUGGACUCCCUCUACACACAAGUCAGCAAGGCACGGCCCGAAAGACCGCCCUCUGCAGACAGCAACCGCGUGGCCCCAAGCAACCACGACCGGAUACAGCGGCUGAGGCAGGAAUUUCAGCAGGCGCAGAACGUUCCCGACGCCGACGCCGAUGACGACCGCAGGCGCACGUUCGGCUUCGAGCAGCCGUGGUCCAACGGGCCCAGCGCGGCGGCCGGGCACCAGCCGGGUCGUCACUCGGUGUCGGUAGAGGUUCAGAUGCAGCGUCAACGGCAGGAAGAUUCUUUUGCUCAGGCUCAGCGGCAGUACAGCUCACUGCCACGCCAACCCCGGAAGAAUCCCAGCUCCAUCUCUCAGGACUCUUGGGAAAAGUCGUACCCGGCCGGGGAGGUCUUCCAGACCGCCAAGGACAAUCCUCGUUACUCCAGCUACCAGGGCUCCCGAAACGGCUUCCCCAGCGUGGCCAACGUCAACGCCAGGGUCCUCCUCGAGGCGCAGGAGCUCCUCCGGCAAGAGCAGAGGCGGCGAGAGCUGGAGGCCAAGGAGCGGGCCUCCCCCAGAGACGUGCUGGCCUCCCCGGUGGCAUCCCCCAAAGGUCCGUACCGCCACGACGUGCCACCUUCGCCCUCGCAGCUCGCCAGACUCAACCGCAUCGGCUCUGAGAAAGGACGACUAUUUUAUUCUUGAGGGUUGGACCCAGCUUAGCCUGGCAUCUGAGGCGUCCAUUUUGUGACACGCUUAUCGCCGGCAUCUAUUCUGUGAACCCGAAACUGUGCGGCCCGUUGUUCGAACCCCCUCCAGCCAUGGCUUGACACGCACAAUCGGUACCUUGUCUUCAUUUUUGUUCCUGGCGACAGUCGUCAGAUUUUUCGUUUUCCGGCUCAGUGCUAGGCUAACAUGCUAGCCAGCCCAAAUAGGUCGCUCACAUGUGAAGUCACUUCCGCUUUGUUUUUGUUUGGGUUUUUCCCCGCUCACCAUCUUGUGUGGAUAGCAUUCAACUCUUUGCAUUUGAUUGCAUAACACGCCUCUGGGUUGUUCUAAAAAUGGUGCAAUCUUGCUGCGUCAUUGAGUGUUCCAACCAAAGAUAAUUAUGCACCUUGGCCAGGAGACUGAAGAAAUUUUUAAAACACGGCAAGCGAAGUGGCAGAUCUCCGUGACCAAUCUAUAGUUUGGGUUCCUGUGUGCAGCGAUCGCUUUGUCAGCACUUAGUCGGCUUAUCUUUAAGAUCGUAGUGAUUAUUUUAUAUAGACAAAAUGUAAAAAAUCUCCAACUAAACUUUGUGCCGCUAAUGUUUUGGAUUCAUUAGCAAGCUAGGUGGCUAGUACAAGCCUGCUAGCGGACGUGUCUUGAGGCAAACGCCAAUCGCUGCUAUUCAUAAUAGCGAAUAAUAGCAAAUUAACAACACCCGUUGGUUUAGCCACCUGUGCGACAACUUAAACAGCUUCUUCAGACACCAUUUUGAAGUUUACACGCUGUAUCCAUCCUCAAAGAAAAUUGUUGUAAUCUUCCAGUGAAUUUGUAAAAUUUCAUCUGGCGUGUGUCACAGAGCAUGUCGUCAACACCAGAUAGUAAACAAUGUCGGGAUCUCCGGCGAAAAAUCAAACCUUGGACAGCGUGUACGGGUCAAUUUCUCCAGAGUAACGUUCUGUCAGCAUUGCGAGUUGUGGAUCAACUCGUAAGUCAUCAAAAAACUUGAAAAUCGCCAUCGUAAAACGAGUUGAUGAUCGCUGUUAACAGCUCUGCGCGCAUGUGUACAGCACGUGUGUAACCUCCCAUGGUGGCAGCACCAGGAAAAAAAAGAGACCUCCCAGAAUGCCUUGCUGUGAGAUGCGUACAAGUGACCUAAAGUGAUAUUCGAUUUACUUGCGCUUCAUCCUACCAAAUUAAGUGAAUAGGAAAAAAUCUGCACAGUGGAGGGUUUUAAUAUUAUUUGCCACCUCAAAGCUGAGCCUACCAUGCUAAACAGCACAUAUCUAUGUUCAAUCAAUUUCCUCUCCCUCCGAUGUUUCAUUUUUGUUUUCCGUCUCAAUGCUAUGCUACAUUCACUUUCUGUUCUUCCUUCCUUGGUUCUUCCUAGAGAACGAACAGUGUUUUUGGCUUCCGUGUCGAUAAACGAUUCACCGCCAUGACUUCCAUGUCCUGAUUUGGUGAGAUUCCUGUUCCGCCUCCCAACAUAAAACUUGUCCCCCUAAAGCAGGGGUAGGGAACUCCGGUCCGGCCUGAAACGAUCAUGAACAAUUGAAUCAGGUGUGUUGGGGUAGGGAGGGAUCUAAAACAGGCAGGAUAUGGCUCUCGAGGAACCGGAGUUCCCUACCCCUGCCCAAAAAAGAUGGAAAAAUGGGACAUGCUGUGUCGCUAAUAAAAAUACAACCCCCCCCCCCCCCCCUUCAUGAAUAAUUAAUAAGGUGCUGUCUCUGUGGAUGCUCUACGAGGAAGUGUUGACAGCUCUGAUUUGCUGUCUAACUCCCAUCUAAUCCCCCCCUGCCCCCCACCUCCACUCUGGGCUCUGCUCGCUGGCCUGCCUGCUGCUCCGGGCUUUCAAUGUUGUUGUUCAUUAGCCCACCUCCGUGCCUUCAUCAUCCUCCCCCCUCUCCCACUUCAUUGUCACCCUCGUCCUGCUACUCACCCCCCAACCCCUUAUCCGCUUCCUCUCACGAGCUGCUCUCUCUCUGAAUUUUUCAUCGGCAGCCACCUGCUGCCCGCGCUAGAAGAAAGAAAAGCAGAUGCAAAGACGACCACAAAUUAGCUCGCUUUGACACAAUUGGGCCUUUGAGUGUUAUGCUAGCUAACUAGCGUGAGUCGUCAGGUGACACGCAACACUGCUAGCACCUUUUUCGCGAGACUAUCGCGGCCCUGUUACCGGUUGAUGCGUCUUUAGCGACAUUGUCGGGGCCUCGUUACCAUUACUGGUGGCGACGUUACUUCCAUUGCUGUUAGCAUCUAUUUUAGGAACUCUGAUACCACUUUGUGAGCAAUACUGACAGCCCCUUUUCAAGCAUCGUUGUUGGCAACAUCGCUGGCGCCGCCGUUAGCAAAUCUGUCAGAAACAGUGAUAGGACAUUGUUAGCAUCUUUGGACCUCAUUCAUAAUAAAUAGAAAUGUUAUCCCUCUGCUCACAAGUACAACUUGUUCACAAAAUCACCAUCCCGUUGAUGACGCUUACGUUCUGGCCAAUUUGUUUCUCACCAACCCGCGUAUGUUGGUGAAUCAGAAUUCAUUCUAAAUGAUGAGCAUGUGCCCACAAGCUGCAAUCUGCAUGAAAUGUGCCCAUAACUCUCUCCCUGCGAGCUUGGGAAAUUUGCAAGAGAUGGCCACAAAACGUUCAUAACUUUCUUAAUCUUUAGCCUAUUUUCACAAGCAUGGUAUCAUUGAAAAGCUUGCCACACUCCGAAGCUGACGACAUAAUAAUCAUGUUCAUGAUUUGUAAUUCAUUCUAAAUUAGAGAAUGCGGCCUUGUUGCCAUUUACUCCCAAUUCUAGCUAAUUCCAUUCAGUGUUGUUUUUGUCAAAAGAUUACCUUUGCCCCUGCUAAAAGCUUAGCUAGGCUAGGUUAAGAUGCAAACAUGAAGUGAAGUAAAUUAGUCAUUUCUUGAUCUCUCCAAAGAAGCCAUAACGGUUUUGGAAUCAAACUUUGCCAUGAUACUUUGCGUUCCAGACUGGAUGCUAAUGAGCUAGGUCACUAGUGAGCAUCAUCAGCAUCAUCACAUUACUCUUUAAACGUGUGAAAGUUCUUAAAUUGUAUUUUUAAUGUAUUUUUUCCAUUUUGUGCGUGUAAACAAGUUGAGAAGACAAAAUGAAAUUUGUGUGUGGUCGCCACAGUAACAGAUGUGGAAAAUAGGUUGUGUCUGCGCUAGUUGCGAUGUUGCAAAGUGCCUGAUGAUGAUGUCAUAUUUUACACGCAGAAAGUAUACUUUUGCUUAUAGUGUUUGUAAUACUACAGUAUUUCAUGAAGUCCUGGUACUCCUUCCUCUGUUCUGUUUGGACUAUAAAUGCCGCCGUGGCCACUUUGGAUUGAGCGAUCGGCCAUCUUGGAGCUAUCCUUUAUUUUUAUUUUAUUUUUUAAGUAGGGCGAAAAGUGGAAGCUGAUGUGCAAUUGUUUAUUUUUCUUGGACAUGUUAUCAUAAGUCGCUUGUUGUGUACAUAUCAAAAUGUAGAAUAAAAUGUACAUUCUUGCUAA